UUUUUUUAGAAAAAAUGAAAUGGUGGACUGCGUUUUGUUCACGGUAUGACCGCAAUCCGUAAUUUGGUAAAUCCAAGAAAGUCAACAAAACACUUCCAUUGAAAUUCGCUACCAACUACCACCAUGAAAGAGAUCUCUAUGUAACAUUUCCUCCAAAUCCGUAAUUCUAGUAAAACCGGGAGAUGGCUUGGUUAACACGAUUCUUGACGGCGGUGGCUUUCUUAGCCGUCGGAGUAAUAUUCUCGCCGGAGACCUUUGGAUCAAUAUCCGACGGCUCAAUCUCACCCAUUCUCUCUACUUCUAUUAAACUAGCUCAUCUCCUCUGCUUCGCAACCGCCUGGGGCACCGCCCUUUGGGUCACUUUCAUCGGCGGUAUCCUCAUGUUCAAAUAUCUGCCAAGACAUCAAUUUGGUAAUCUGCAAAGCAAGAUGUUCCCGGCUUAUUUCUCGAUGGUGGGGGUUUGUUGUGCCGUAUCGGCGGCGGCGUUUGGUUAUAUGCAUCCGUGGAAGUCGGCGACCACUACCGAGAAGUACCAGCUUGGCUUUUUAGUCUCUGCUUUUGCUUUUAAUCUCAUAAAUUUGUUCGUUUUCACUCCCAUGACCAUUGAGAUGAUGAAGCAUAGGCACAAGGUGGAGAGAGAAGAGAACAUUGGUAAUGAAAUUGGAGGAUCAAAGAACCAGGAAGUCGCGAAGAAGAACCCAAAGCUCGCAGCCAUGAACAAGAAAUUUGGAAUGAUUCACGGGUUAUCCUCGCUUAUUAAUCUUAUGUCCUUUGGUGUUCUGGCUAUGCACACAUGGUACUUAGCCGGUAAGCUCAGUCUGUAGUUUGUACUUCACUUUUACAUGGUUGUAUGUGUUUUUUGUGGGACAAACUGAUCCAAAUGCUCAUACUACAACUCUGUUAAAUCGAAAUAAUUGAAGAAUUAGACGGGUCUGAUAUACCCCCAACAUAACCCAAUCCGACUAGUUGAAGAAUUAGACCCGUCCCUAUCCGUUUCAAAAGAAAAAUAAUUGAAUUUGGGUUAUAUUUUGAUCCCUAUGCAUAAUGUGUUGUUAUGAAGCAUAACAGCCUAGCAUGUGGCAAUUAUGUUUGUUUUCAUCAUAAAUUGUAGCAAGUUUGUUGCAAACUGGCAAAAGUUAAUUUUAGUUGGCAUGGAUACCAAAUGUAGAGAGAUUAAA